AGAGAAACCCUUUCUCUGCAUAAUUCUUCUUCGGCCGAGAAGCAUCCCUUCACCCUCGAGAAGUUUCCAAUCAAAACAACACUGACGGCUACUUACCAAACCACAACCAUGGCGACGUCCCACAGCGCAACUGUCGAAGACGGAGUCUUGGAAGACGGAUCCAAGAGAGGCGGCACCUCUGAAGAGACCGAGAAGCCUCCUCUCGCGUACAAGCCAGAAGUGGAGUUGUUGUUGUAG